AUGGAGGCAGAAGGGUACGUUAGCCUGGAGGAAACUAAAGAAUAUAAGUGUAUUGUAGAUCAGACUUUUAUGAGGGAGGAAGAUUUCUAUGAGUUUUACAAUGAUUAUGCAUACCAUAAAGGGUUCAGUAUCAGAAAGGGCAGAGUUAGGUACAAGACAGGCACCAAAGAGGUGAUAUGGAGAAGACUCAUGUGCUCCUGUGAAGGAUAUAGAUCUGUUAAGUACUUUGAAAGGAUGGAUCAAAAAAGACAGCCGCGUGCCCUCACCCGUUGUGGAUGCACUGCUAGGCUUGAUGUGGAGUGGAGUGAAAUUAUUGGCACCUGGUAUGUGAAGGACUUUGUGGAUGUCCAUACACAUGCCCUUGCAAAACCAGAGCAUGUUUUUGUUUUGCGGUCUCAUCGAGGGCUUAAUGAUCCUCAGAAAGCGGAGGCAGUAGAACUGGGACUAGGUGGGCUGCGUCCAUUUCAGAUCAUGGACGUAAUGGAGGCCAGCCACGGUGGUCCAUGGGAGACUGGAUUUCUUUCGCAGGACUUGUACAAUUUCUUUUCAAGGUACAAGAAGGGAAAGGUUGAAGGAAGCGAUGUAGAAUUUGUGUUGAAUCAUAUGCGUCAGAUGCAAGAGAAAGAUCCGGAGUUCUUUUUCACAUUUAGUGUGGAUGCACAAGGCAGGUUGAAGAACCUAUUUUGGUCGGAUGCACAGUCGCAGAUAGACUAUGGUGUUUUUGGAGACGUCGUUGUAUUCGACAGCACUUACCGAGUGAACCGGUACAAUCUUCCGUUUGUCCCUUUUAUAGGAGUUAACCAUCAUCGAAGCACAGUUGUCUUUGGUUGCGGUAUUUUAUCGGAUGAAACUAUCUUGUCAUACGUGUGGCUCCUCGAGGCUUUACUGGAGGCAAUGCACCAGAAGCAUCCAAAAUCCUUAAUUACUGAUGGGGACGCAGCGAUGAUGAGAGCUAUUGAGAUUGUCAUGCCUGAUGCAGAUCACAGAUUGUGCAGUUGGCACAUAGAGCAGAACAUGCUGAAACGGUUCCGUGGUUCGAAGCUCAAGGAUUUCAGGAAGUUCAUAUACCAUGCAAUGGAGGAGGGUGAAUUUGAUAGGCUUUGGAGAGAGUUUAGAGAUCUUCACACCAACUAUAUUCCAGAAAGUGAGCUUCCAGAUAAAAAAAUCAAGUAA